CGGAAGUAAACCAGUCUGGUCUCGCUGUGUGUGUCUGCGGUAUGUAAAUAAAGCUCAGAAAUCAACACUUACCGCGUUAUAAAAGUGUUGGACACUAAACACAGCUGAACAUCGUUUACGCUGAUGAUGGAGGAGGGGGAGGAGUGUGUGGGAGGAGGAGGAGGAGGAGGAGGAGAAGCUGUCCUUCAGCUCCACCUGCCCUGUGAUCCUCCUGCAUCGUGCUCUGUGGCGGUGGGGACCGAUCUGUCCAUGGCUGACAUCUCACACCUCCACGCUGAAGUGUGUGAGCUCAGGAGAACGCAGGUGUGUGGAGCUCCACCAGCACUGUGCUCCGUGUGUAAAGCUGACGUUAACACGUCACAAGGAUCUGAACACACGUUACAGGGAGCGGACGUAGUGUGUGCCGCUGCAGCCGAAUGGCCCGAGGUCUCCUGUGGAGCGAGUGAAUUAAAGAAUGAGGAGGAUGAACCCAGCACCUCUGUCCGUUCAUACGGUGAUCAGAACUCGGCUGAGUCGCUCUCCUCACCACACACACCUCUAAAAACAUUUAGCAGUGAAGACCAGCACACAGAACACACUCCGCUCAUGAUGUGUUCAGUGACGCUGGUGGACUGCAGGACCAUGGUGGAGCUGAACGGAAACAUCACACAAGAGGAAGACAUGGAUGAUGGGAGUGUUCAUGCUGAGGAACCUGAGGAACCGGAGGAGGCCAGCGAUGAGUUUUGUCCUUCAACUCCUUUAGGUGACCACAGUGAGUCUUGUGACGACGAAAGCAAAUUGUCAGACAAGCCGAAUCAGAGGAGAAGGAAGAAGAAGAAGAGUGGAAUAAAGACCAUCUCCCCCUGCACCAUCUGUGGGCAGGAGCUGAUGUCUGCGGCGUUUCUGACGAGACACAUGAAAAUGCACGAGAAUCGUGUGAAGCAAAAGACGCUGCGUCCUCACACGUGUACGGUGUGUGAGAAAGGAUACCCCACACACUCGGCCCUCAAAGUCCACAUGAAAUCCCACAGUGUGGACAAACCGUUCCGCUGUGAUCUGUGUGGAAACUGCUUCAAGACCAAAGGAAACCUCAAGUGUCACCAGAGCAUACACACGGGGCAAAGGCCCUUUCAGUGCGCUUACUGUCAGAUGUGUUUCUAUCACAAAACUCACCUGAAAAAGCACGAGCGCGUUCACACUAACGAGAAACCUUACGUCUGCCCGGUGUGUGAGAAAGGCUUCAUCACCAUCAGUGCUCUGAAACAGCACCAGAGAGUGCACACGGGGGAGAAGCCUUACUCCUGCUCUUACUGUGACAUGACGUUCGGACAGAAGGUGAACCGUGACCGACACGAGCGCACACACACGGGGGAGAAGCCUUUCCUGUGUGAUCACUGUGGGAAGGGCUUCUCAGACCCCAGACACUUCUACACACACAAACGGAUCCACGUGGGCGAGAAGCGCGAGCGGCCGUUCCAGUGCUCCUUCUGCGGCAACAGCUUCUUCUACCGCAUCAACCUGAAGCAGCACGAACGUGUUCACACUAAAGAGCGACCUUACAGCUGCACUCAGUGCCCGAAAACCUUCGCUCGGCCCGACGUGCUCAAAACACACCUGCGUGUUCACACUGGUGAGAAACCGUAUCACUGCAGCAUCUGUGAUCAGGGCUUCACUUAUCUGGGCAGCUUUAGAGCUCAUCAGAAGAAUCACACCAAGGAGGACGUGAAGCAGAACCUGUAGCACACACACUCACUCGCGCACACACACACACACACACACACACACACACACACACACUCUCUCUCUCUCUCCCACACACACACUCUCUCUCCCACACACACGCCCACACACACACUCACAUGCCCGCCCACACAAACACACUCACACGCCCACACGCUCACACGCCCACACACACACACACUCACACGCCCACACACACACUCACACGCCCACAUACUCACACACACUCACACACACUCACAUGCCCACACACUCACACGCUCAGUCACACACUCACACACUCUCACACACACACUCACAUGCCCACAUACUCACACUCUCACACACACACACACACACGCCACACACUCACACACUGUCUCACACACACACACUCACACCCACACAACCACACACUCACACACACACUCACUCACACUCACACAACCACACACUCACACGCCCAAACACUAACACACUUACACACCCACACACUCACUCACACACACACACUCACUCACACACUCACACGCCCAAACACUAACACACU